CGAUGGUGCUGAUCAAGGAAUUCCGAGUGGUAUUACCUUGCUCAGUGCAAGAGUAUCAAGUUGGGCAGCUUUAUUCUGUGGCAGAAGCUAGCAAAAAUGAAACAGGAGGUGGAGAAGGAAUUCAGGUCUUGAAGAAUGAACCGUAUGAAAAGGAUGGUGAGAAGGGACAAUACACUCACAAAAUCUAUCAUUUAAAGAGUAAAGUUCCUGGGUUUGUAAGGAUGAUUGCUCCAGAAGGCUCCCUGGUGUUCCACGAGAAGGCUUGGAAUGCAUAUCCCUACUGUAGAACAAUUGUGACAAAUGAAUACAUGAAAGAUGACUUCUUCAUAAAAAUUGAGACCUGGCAUAAACCAGAUCUGGGGACAGCAGAGAACGUGCACAAUUUAGAUCCAAACACGUGGAAGAGUGUUGAAGUUGUCCAUAUUGACAUUGCAGAUAGGACUCAAGUAGAACCAGGAGACUACAAAGCAGAUGAAGACCCUGCGUUAUUCCAGUCAGUUAAGACGAAGAGAGGACCUUUGGGGCCAAAUUGGAAGAAAGAGCUUGCAACUGAUGAAGAGUGUCCCAAAAUGUGUGCUUACAAGUUGGUGACUAUCAAAUUUAAAUGGUGGGGGCUGCAGAACAAAGUUGAGAACUUCAUACAAAAGCAAGAAAAAAGGAUAUUUACCAACUUCCAUCGCCAGCUGUUCUGUUGGAUUGACAAGUGGAUUGAUCUGACUAUGGAAGACAUUAGGAGAAUGGAGGAUGAAACCCAGAAGGAGCUGGAAGCAUUACGUAAUCAAGGCCAAGUCAGAGGAACAAGUGCUGCCAAUGAUGAAUGAUGAUGGAGCUGCCCGUCACAUGCAGUGUUGCUCUCCAGAUGUGUGUGUGGAUGCAUGAUUAUUUGUAUAUAACUCUAUAUACGCACAUGCAUACUGAAGGGGUUCUUGCCGUGUCUCCAGGGUACUCACCUGUCCUCAGCCAGAUUCCAAGGAAACUUGCUUUUGUUAUGUAUUCCUGAAGCAAAAUAAAAAAAUCACUGAGUAGUGUCAUUUAAAGGAUGAGUUAACUGCGGAAUUACUCUUAACUGGUAUGUUUCAUGAAUGUCAAUACUUGGACCAAUUUAUUAUCCCACUUGUUUUUUCUCCCUGUCCCGAGUAACUCUGCUCUAACUUGCCCCUGGCUCACUGUAAAGAAACUGAUUCAAAGAGGUUACUUCCAGUUUCGUGUCUUCCCUAUGUGAUUAUUUUUGGAAUAGGAACAAUGAAUGUAUUUAUAGCUAUUUAUUUCUGGGUUGUCAUUAUCCUAUAGUCAAAGCAGGAAAAAAAAACCCAACCAACUUUCUAUUAGUAGAAAUUGGGAAGCUUUUACUGUUGAAUGAGUUUAAGCCAAGCUUUACCCUUUCACUGAUUUAAAAGAAAGAAAUAAUCAUGUUUUAUUGGACUUUUGUACAUGGAAAUGCUAAAUGGUUUUUCUUCAUUAAAAUUGGCAAGAUUAAGGAGAAAAUUGCUUGUGAUUCAUAAAAUAAUUGCAACUUGAAAUCUUCCAGAAGCUGUUUUUCAGACAAAGAUACUGACAGUGCUUGUGGAGCAUCUCUUCGUGCCUGCUGGCCGAGCAGGGGGGUGACAGCCCUCCCCCUGCAGCCAUUCCUCUACUGGUGAAGUUGCCCUCCAGAAGCUAUGCAAAUGGUCUUGAUUACACACGUUGCCCAGUGGGAUAAAUUGUGAUCUUUGCUCUUUUCAUGUUGAAAAUACACUUUAAAAGAGAUGUCUGCUUUCAGAUACGAGGGGAGUCGAACCCGUAGCAUCUGACAUAUUUCUCUGAUGUUACUUAGGAGUAGGCAUGAAAUAAAGGCAGGGUAAUAAAGGCCUCCUGUAGAUAACCCUCAAACAGGGCAAAGGUCUUCAGCUUUUUUUAAGGAAGUGUUCAGAACAUAUCUUAGUUGUAUAAUACUGAAAUGCUUGCUAGAUCAGAAACAAAUUAUUUUGAAGACACUUGUUAGAAAAGAGUUCUGUUAAUGCCUCUUGUUUUCCCAGCAUCCCCUGAAGCCUUGCUUAAGCCUCCACCCUCAUAACCUCACCUACAUCAAGCAUUUUGGAAUCGUUUUGGACUUGAUUUGCUUGCAGAAGAACUGAUCCCAUUUCUGUUACAGGCAGUGACGGAAUUCUUCCAAGCUCCCGGGGUGCCAGGUCUGCUGUGUGUCCUGCCAGACCCAGGUUGCCUCUGCCAGCACAUGGCAUCAGUACCUCUCCUGGGUCAUUGCAGCCUUCUGCCCACCCUGCUGCAAAAUUAAUUGGAUUUUUUUUUCCCCUUUCUGGAUUAGUAGUUAAAUGGUCAUUUGUCACCUGUACCAGCAGGAGGCUGGUUUUGUAAAUAUACAGAGAGAUAUGUGCAUACACAGACACACACACACACCCCCUGCCUGCUGUGUGUUUCAGAGGUGCUGCACGCCAGGGAACUGGGUGCUAGGUGCUGGAACCUGAGUCCCACUGCAUUACCAUGAGUCAUGGCACACUGAGGGAAAUGGACCCUGCGGCUUUCAUGGUUUUGGACUAGUUGUGAAAAUCUGAGAGAAUCUUGUAGUGAAUGUAAAAUGUUUAGUUUACUAUGGCAGUCUCUGGUGUGACCUACAGUAAA